UAUAAUAAAACCACGGCACACUGGAUCCUUCUUCUGCUUUUAGAAAUCUCAACCACACCUUCAGUCUUCAUCCGAACGUUAAAUAUGCUUGUUUUAAGUGGUUUGGAAAGAAGAUCUUAGCGGAGAAAUGACGGAACCGAUGUCUACAGUUGCAGGCGCCAGUGGCAAGAACCCCAAGCACCAGUGUCUAGCACCCGAAGAUGCACAAAUCCACUUGGAUACGCCCGCCCUCCAGCAGCUCAUUUGCCGUGGACGCUCUAAUUGUCAGAGCAGAGCGCCGCUGGGUCACGUGACCCGAACCCCUUCGCUAAAUCCGAAGUUUUCAGAUUCACUGUGACUGCGGGAUUCGCCGCAUGCACGCGAAGUACUUGUUCUAUUCCCGUGUAUGUGAUAAAGACUAGAGACAUAUCUCCAGCGCCAGUCGUUGUAUGAUUAAUUUGCCAUCUGAUUUACACAGCGAAUUUGCUGGCGCAGAUGGAAUACGAACGCCCGUCAGGAAGGGAUUUCUUAAAUAUAUGGUGGAGGUGAAGGUCUACGCCUAUGGAAACUCAACGGUGCUCCUUAUUAAGGUUCCAACUGUCAGUUGUGCUAUCAUGACCGAUGGCGACAGGGGAACGCAGAUCCAUCCACUGGGCGGUAAGGAUGCCAGGGUCCCAAUAUCAGAGUCAGGAGACGAUGAGGACGGAGGCAGCACAGACAACCCUGUUCAAGGGAGUCUCGGUUCGGGAGACUCAUGUGGUCCUGAACGGGCCGCGGACUUGGGUUCUGACAGUGAGGAGCAGCUCCAGUAUCCGCUUUUGGCUCCGGUUGUCUUCUUCUACCUCAAGCAAACAACGCGCCCUCGUAGCUGGUGUCUGCGACUGGUCUGUAACCCAUAUCCUUUUUAUUGCCAAUCCGAAGGAGAAAUGCGGGUAUAAAAGACAAGAUGGGCAAACGCACCUCCAUAUUUGGUU